AUGCAAUGCAGCGCUGCCUCACAAGUACCGAUACAGCCUAAUCGACCUAACACUGAUCAUCCAGCGAUCAUCCCCAUUGACGCAUCAUCAAUCACGGCUAAACACCUCGACCAAGAGGUACCACAAUCCACAAUGAUGAGGUACUGUUGUGGAGGUACAAUAGAGCGCAGACAUACGGACGGACAAAGACCCCCACUAUCGGUGGAGUUAACAGAGCGUGGAGCAGGUAGCCUCUUGCCCUCAGUGCUUGUGGCGAUGCGGAGGAAGGUGCGUCUAGUCUGUCCCGGGGUAGGAGGGGUGCCCGGCUUCUACAGGCCGAUAGCAGGUAUGUCUGUCUGUCUGUCUGUCAAAUAA